UUAUAUAAAAACAUAACAUAUAGUACUCACAUUACUCUCUUUAAGUUAAAACAAAGAAAAUAGAAUAGAAAAAGUAAUUUUUUGUUAGUGUUUGCAUUAAUUUUCGAUGGCCAAUUCGAAUGUGAAUUAUAAAACGUUAAAUGAAGAGCAUAAAAUUAUGACUGAAGGUCAUGACUACGAAGCAGCGAACGAGGCAGAGGAUACACCAAGAAGCAGUGGCGUUCUUUUGCACACAGUGCCCGAAAUCAAUCGCGCACGAUGGAAUCACAUCGAAGAUUUGGAUUCCUUUUUCACACGGAUGUACCAAUAUCAUCAGAAACAUGGUUUUGUAAUUAUAGUGCUUGAGGAAUUUUUCCAGCUUAUUGAAUUUGCCUUUGUCAUCUGGCUGGUGACAUUCUCGGUGCACUGCAUCAAUCAUGAUAUACUCUUUGGCAACGAAAGACCUGCAGAUAAUCGCACCAAAAUCACUAUAGACGAUGUCAUCAUACCCAUGGACAAGUGUGUGGACAAUUUCACGGGCAUUACCUAUGUGAUACUCUUUGUGGCCACCUUGUAUUUGUUAAUACGCACUAUCAAGGUCUUGUACCAUAUUACGCAGUAUUGGGACAUAAAGAAGUUCUACAAUACUGCGCUACACAUUGAUGACGCAAAUUUGGACAAUAUAACCUGGCAUGAGAUUAAGAAAAAGGUACGCGAGGUACAGGCCGAACAGCAUAUGUGCAUUGACAAGGAUCACCUGACCGAUCUGGAUAUAUAUCAUCGCAUUUUGAGAUUUAAGAAUUAUUUGGUGGCACUGAUGAACAAAAACCUGCUGCCUGUAAGAUUUACUUUGCCUGUGGUGGGCGAGGUGGUCACACUGAGUCGCGGCUUGUUGUUCAACAUUGAUCUUAUAUUGUUUCGCAGUCCGGGGUCGCCCUUUCAAAACAAUUGGCAGCUGCAUGAUGACUAUUCGGUGCGGGGAAAUCAGCGAGAGCUGGCCAAUCGCCUCUCGAAACUUAUACUGUGGGUAGCUAUUGCAAAUUUCAUAUUUGCUCCUGUGAUAUUUGUCUGGCAAUUGGUGUACUUCUCCUUUACCUAUGCGAAUGUUCUAAAGAAGGAGCCAGGGGCCUUGGGCAUGAGGACUUGGUCCAACUAUGGCCGUUUGUACUUGAGGCAUUUCAAUGAGCUGGACCAUGAGUUGGAUGCCCGCUUGAAUAGAGCCUAUGAUUAUGCGGAUCGCUAUUUGAAUUCCUUCUCUUCGCCUCUAUUGGCAGUGAUAGCACGCAAUAUUCUCUUUAUAACGGGAGGCAUGCUGCUCUUGAUUCUAGCCAUGGGCAUAUACGAUGAAUAUGUCUUUCAGGUGGAACAUGUUUUGACCAUAAUAACACUGCUGUCGGCGGUGGGACUCAUCUGUCGCAAUUUAAUACCCAAUGAGAAUUUGAUAUGGUGUCCGGAACAAUUGAUGACCGCCAUUUUGGCCCAUGUCCAUUAUCUGCCUGCAACUUGGAAAAAUCAGGCACACACCUCGGUUGUGCGUAAUGAGUUUGGUAACUUCUUCCAGUUUAAGGCCAGCUACUUUAUCAAUGAAAUCCUAAGUCCCAUAGUAACACCCUUUCAGCUGCUGUUUGUCUUCCGGCCAAAGGCAUUGGAAAUUGUGAAAUUCUUUAGAAGUUUCACUGUCUCUGUGAGGGGUGUGGGCAAUGUAUGUUCUUUCGCCCAAAUGGAUGUGCGCAAGCAUGGAAAUCCCGAGUGGCAGAUAGGCGAAUCAUCGCUACAUGCUGAUAUACCCAGUGGUGAGAAAUUGGAGACUGCUGGCAAUAAUGGCAAGACCGAAUUGUCUUUGCUGCGCUUCACCCUAACCAAUCCCGAGUGGCAAAUGCCUGUGGAGGCCAUGCAAUUUGUCAAUGGAGUGCGCCAGAAUGCUCUAACCGAUUUGAGUAAAUUGAAGAAGAAGGAAUUCACCCUAAAUCCCUUGACAGAAAGUCUAAUAUCGUUUGGCACCAUAGGCAAUGAGUACUCCUCGAUAGCCAAGUCACUGCUACACCAUCACAAUGUGCCAAACGAAGAGGGUAGAGGCACUUGCCAAAAUCAAAAUCACUGCCAGUGCUAUUUCGAGCAAAUGCUGCAACAGGGUUUGGGAGAACAUUCGCGAGUCCACGAUAAUAUGGGCAUGUCACAUGUCAUGCGCAGGGAUGAGAAUGCCAAGAUACUGGGGGCAUCCAAGAUGGAGGGUAGCAUGCAGGGACCCUCCCAGUCGCUCAUCUGCAGUUUGUAUGGACCACAAUCGAAUUGCUAUGAUAAACCCAAUGAUUUGACGGUUGCCGAUAUGUGUCUCAGUGUGUUGUAUCUGCACGAAGUGCAUCACAGAAUCACCCAAGAGAGCCCGCUUAUACCGCCACACACUGGGGAGUUCCAUCAACAUGCUGAGGUCACUGUAACACGGCCGGGCACCUCCACGGACACCAUCGUCACUACCACUUCGGCAUCAGCAGCAGCCGCCGAGACAACACCAUUGCUGGGUCUACGUUCAUAGCAUAAACAAAUUUGGAUUUAAGUCUUCAAAAGCCCCUCCCCCCUCAACUCAAAGUGGAUAGUUGUAUUUAAAGUAUCCUGUGAAGAAGCAAUUGCCCUACUCUACUCUACACUGCAGCAGCAGAGGCAGCGAUGGCCCAGGCUACUUUUAGAGAAGCAUACCCGCAAGAACACAAGGCGCGUUUAAUUUUAAGUAUGUAGAUAUGUUUUUUUUUUAAUUUAACUCUAAUGGAAUGAAAUGUUGAUGAGGAUGAAAAUGUACCUCCUAAAUGCUAGAGUGAAAAACAAAAAUUUUUGAAUUUGGUUAUGCCAUAAAAUACUACUACUACACAACUACGAUACUUAGAUUCUACUGUGUUUAUAAUAACAAAAACAAAACGAAAACGAAACGAUUAAGAGAUUCGUAAAUGUAAAAACAAAUGAAUUAACGAUGAGACAUUAAUUUCACUAAUAAUAAAAAUAAUGUUAAACUUAAA